AUGGACCGCACCAACGCCGACUUCCCCCAGCAGACAGGAUUGCCUUCGCCGUAUCCCAGCAAUUUUGGUGGCGACGCUCAUUCUGAAGCUUCAUCCGCAGACCACGCUUCUGCCCAGUCGUACCCGCCGCCCCCCAAGGACGUCGCCUAUCCCGCCUCUGCCACUCCAGCCUCCGACUACGGCGUCUAUCCUCCUUCCGCCCGGUCGAACUCUGCCUACCCGGAUCACGUCCAGCGUUCAUACCACCCUGCCUCGUCCCCCUCUACCGGCAGCAUGGCGCAACAAAACAGUCCGUCUCUGCCCCAGUCGGAUGGGCGAAACCAUCAAUCUCCCAUCGUCAAUUCUGACACCCAAGUGCCUAUAGAUCCGUCCAUUGCCCAGCCCAGUCCUACUUAUCCUUAUGCCCAGCACUCUCCCUAUGCGCCUAACCCGGACAUGGCGCAUAGCUACUCUCAUCCUAACUCUAACAUGUAUGCCCAGCCCAGGCCCGAAUGGGGAGGGUACGCCGCUCAGCACGCUGCGCCGCCUCUUACCCCAGGCCAUCAAGUCUAUGGACAAUCUCCAGCAUCUGCUCCUCAGCAGCAGCGCCCCAGCCAGGUUUACUCGUUCGUUCCGAUUCCCGGCGCCCAACAACACAAGCGACCUCGCCGUCGCUACGAAGAAAUCGAGCGCAUGUAUAAGUGUGGGUGGAAUGGCUGCGAAAAAGCCUACGGUACUCUGAACCAUCUCAAUGCUCACGUUACCAUGCAAUCCCAUGGCCAAAAGCGCACCCCAGAGGAGUUCAAGGAAAUUCGUAAGGAGUGGAAGGCUCGCAAGAAGGAAGAAGACGCUCAGCGCAAGGCCGAGGACGAACGCCAGCGCGCCGCUGCUGCUGCGAAUGGUGGUCAGGAAACCGGUCACGACGGCGCUUCUGCAUCAAACUAUCCUGGAUCAAGACAGCCCGUUCAGCUGCCUCCGAUCGGCUACCAGCCUCAGUACCCCGCGCCUCCCUCUGGUGUCAACCAGCAACCCUUGCCGGAAUACGGCGCUGCUGGGCACAUGUAUCCUAGCUACCAGCCCCAUUCGCCCUACGGCCAGCCGAACCCGAACCUAUACAACCAGUCCAAUGGUGGUCAGCCCCCCAACCAUUAG